CCUUAGUUUGGGGACCCCUGAUCCAGAAUAUGUUACACUCUUGAAUGCUGGACGGAGUUCUGCCUGCCUGCCUGCCUUCUGUUCCUUUAACCACGUUUGGGUCUGACCCAAUGAAAUGGGUGUGGCCCUCCAAUAUUGGAAAACGGUUCAGUUCCCUCCUUCUAUGAUUCCUUCCUUCUCUUAUCCUGUCCUUCUGUGUUUCCUCCCUUCCUUCCAUCUUUCCUUUCUUCUUUCCUUUUUCGCUUUGUUUACCUUGAGCCAGAGGUAUGCGGCUUCAUGUCUAACCUUUUGCUUCUUCUUUCUUGACCAGGACGUGAGAGUUCUCUGGAGCCACCCCUGCCGUGAUGGGAAACGAACCAGCUUCUAGUCGAUAUUAAGGCAUUUGGAAACCAAAGUGCAGUAAGGAAACCAGUCCUCUAGGAAAAAGGAUUCCUCUCAAGGAGCUGAUCCUGCUGAAUUCCUACAUUCACUUUGGAUUCUAGAGUAGAACCAUAGAGUCGGAAGAGACUGCAUGAGGCACCCAGUCCAGGCCUCUGCCGUGCAGGAAAAGCGCAAAGUACCCCUGACAGAUGAGCAUCUGGUCUCUGUUUAAAGGAUUCCAAAGGAGCCUCCACUACACUUUGAGGCAGAGAGUUCCACUGCUGAACAGCUCAGGAAGUUCUUAAUGUUCAGAUGGAAUCUACUUUCCUGUAAUUUGAACCCAGUGCUGUGAGUAAUCAGAAAGGGAAAAACAAGAAUCAAGUGUCCUUAUUGGAAUUAAAUGUACAUAACAUUGUUGACAUGGAGGAGAAAGUAUAUAAAUGUAUUGAAUGUGGAAAGAGCUUUAGUCAGCAUGGAAACCUGAAGAGACAUCAAAGGACUCACACUGGGGAGAAACCCUAUAACUGCCUGGAGUGUGGACAGAGCUUCACUCAGAAGGGAAGCUUACAUAGACAUCAAAGGACUCACACUGGGGAGAAGCCCUAUAAAUGCCUGGAGUGUGGACAGAGCUUCACUGAGCAGGGAAGCUUACAUAAACAUCAAAGGACUCACACUGGGGAGAAACCCUAUAAAUGCCUGGAGUGUGGACAGAGCUUCUCUCGUAAUUCACAUCUAUAUAGACAUCAAAGGACCCACACUGGGGAGAAACCCUAUAACUGCCUGGAGUGUGGACAGAGCUUCACUGAGAAGGGAAGCUUACAUAAACAUCAAAGGACUCACACUGGAGAGAAACCCUAUAAAUGCCUGGAGUGUGGACAGAGCUUUGCUCGUAGUUCAGGACUACGUUCACAUCAAAGGACCCACACUGGGGAGAAACCCUAUAAAUGCCUGGAGUGUGGACAGAGCUUUGCUCGUAGUUCAGGUCUACGUUCCCAUCAAAGGACUCACACUGGGGAGAAAACCUAUAACUGCCUGGAGUGUGGACAGAGCUUCACUCAGAAGGGAAGCUUGCAUAAACAUCAAAGGACUCACACUGGAGAGAAACCCUAUAACUGCCUGGAGUGUGGACAGAGCUUCACUCAGAAGGGACACUUACAUUCACAUCAAAGGAUUCACACUGGGGAGAAACCCUAUAACUGCCUGGAGUGUGGACAGAGCUUUACUCAGAGUUCAGGACUACGUUCACAUCAAAAGACCCACACUGGAGAGAAACCCUAUAACUGCCUGGAGUGUGGACAGAGCUUUACUCAGAAGGGACACUUACAUUCACAUCAAAGGACUCACACUGGGGAGAAACCCUAUAACUGCCUGGAGUGUGGACAGAGCUUCACUCAGAGUUCAGGACUACGUUCACAUCAAAGGACCCACACUGGAGAGAAACCCUAUAACUGCCUGGAGUGUGGACAGAGCUUCACUGAGAAGGGAAGCUUGCAUAAACAUCAAAGGAUUCACACUGGGGAGAAACUCUAUAACUGCCUGGAGUGUGGACAGAGCUUCACUGAGAAGGGAAGCUUACAUAAACAUCAAAGGACUCACACUGGGGAGAAACCCUAUAAAUGCCUGGAGUGUGGACAGAGCUUUGCUCAUAGUUCAGGACUACGUAGCCAUCAAAGGACCCACACUGGAGAGAAACCCUAUAACUGCCUGGAGUGUGGACAGAGCUUCACUCAGAGUUCAGGACUACGUUCACAUCAAAGGACUCACACUGGAGAGAAACCCUAUAACUGCCUGGAGUGUGGACAGAGCUUCGCUCGUAGUUCAGGACUACGUUCCCAUCAAAGGACUCACACUGGGGAGAAACCCUAUAACUGCCUGGAGUGUGGACAGAGCUUCACUCAGAAGGGACACUUACAUUCACAUCAAAGGAUUCACACUGGGGAGAAACCCUAUAACUGCCUGGAGUGUGGACAGAGCUUUACUGAGAGUUCAGGACUACGUUCACAUCAAAGGACCCACACUGGAGAGAAACCCUAUAACUGCCUGGAGUGUGGACAGAGCUUCACUCAGAGUUCAGGACUACGUUCACAUCAAAGGACUCACACUGGAGAGAAACCCUAUAACUGCCUGGAGUGUGGACAGAGCUUUGCUCAUAGUUCAGGACUACGUUCCCAUCAAAGGACUCACGCUGGGCAGAAACCAUAGAAAUGCAUGGAGUGUGGACAGAGCUUUUCAUGGAAUAGACAUCAAUUUGAGUUUAGCAUAUUCUAAUAAUUGUAUAUUUAUUUCCUUUCUUAGUUUAAUAAAAUUAUUAGUAUCUAAA